ACUUACGGCCGCAGACUUGAGCACAACACAUAGCUACACUCGGGUAUAAAAGGUCUCUUCUCUCCGCACGCUCGAUUCAAUGCUCUAUCAUCUCCAGCAUCAGACAGCAGCAGCAACCACCAAGCCCCUGAAUCCUUACCCAGAAACACCACUUUUAAGCCACUUCAUAAUGCACUUCUCCCCCCUUUCUGCCCUUGCGCUCUCCCUAGGCGCCGCCGUCGCCUUCCAGCUGAACCCUACGCGCAGCGAUGCCAUUGCGCUCCGGGACGCCUGCGAGGUCUUCGACUCGCACCAUCUCGCGAGCCGUGACAUUGAGAAGCGCUGCAACUAUGACGGUUGCGAUGACUGCUCCAACAACUUUGUCUCGUGCGUUCAGUGCCUGAAUGGGAACAAUAUCCCCGCCUGCAUCGUCUGCCUGUCUUACUGUGCCGCCGAGUGCGGCUGCUAGAUUUAGCCAUGUCAGGGGCACUUCUCCGGGC